GUCAGUGUGAGAAUGUGCAGCGCGCGAUAUGUGUACUCUCAUAUUUUACACUGUGAAGCGCGAGUCGAUCACUACACACUGGAUGUACCUGCUAAAGAAACACCUUUCAGUGCGCCUAGGGUGGGAAAUGGGACACUUCAGUUUGCAACUUUUAAUCUAACAGGAGCAUUGUUGCAGAGACUGGAUUGUUGACAUGGCAGUAGACGCGGCCUCCAGUUUUACUUUCUGUCGCCCUGCGGUGGAAUACAGGGCUCUUCCAGAGGACUUUAAGUACCAACUGAGUCGUUGUGCAGGUGGAAACCUUACCUGGCAUGAGGGGCAUGGACGCAAAACAGCAGGUGGUCGACCGGUCAAACUACUGCAGCAGCCUGGAACCGAAGGACUGCAGUUACGUUCAGGUGAAUCGUACUCUGUUUACCACACCAGCCCCACCUUGCCGUGUCUCUCCAGACCAGUGGUUCUGUGGUCUCAGCAGGAUGUGUGCAGAUGGCUAAAGAAGCACUGUCCUCACAACUACUUGACCUACGUGGAAGCCUUUUCUCACCACGCAAUUACAGGUCGUGCUCUCUUGAGACUGAAUGGCGAGAAGUUAGAGCGGAUGGGUUUGGUUCAGGAGACUCUGAGACAAGAGCUUCUCCAGCAGGUUCUACAACUACAAGUACAAGAGGAAGGGCGCAACUUACAGCUGCUAAGCAGAGGGCUAUCUGGAAACCUGUCAUAGCUUCAACCAUGCAUGGGGCAGUUCUACCAGACUGACUGCACUCUGAAGGGACAUCAAUAUGACUAGUCAGGAUGAGGCCAGAGACAUUUGACUGGAGCUGUCAGGGACUGGGACACGCGGACAGGUUUCAGUUAUACAGCUCAGCCUCCACAUCCUCACUACUCUUAAGGAAACUCAGACCAGAUGACACCCACAAAAGGAGCUUUCAUGUGCGUCUGUUGAUUUAUCUACCCCAAAUCUCCUUAAAAAAAAACAUAAAAUGCAGAUCUUUGUAUCUGAUGAAGGUGGAUCCAGCUGGUUGUACCAAAGCUCCCUGGAUUUUGUAAAAAACUCAGAUCUACAUUAAAGUCUACAAGACAUUCAACGGUAACUUGGAUGCCUGGCAACACUAUCAGAGCUUGCAAAAGCUGUGUUACGAAGACCUUUUGCACAUAGAAAAUAAUCUUUCCAACUAUUUUCUGUUGGAAUGUGACCUUACCAGACGUGCCCUGAAAUGUGCCCGUCAAGACUGUGGAAUUAUAUAAGCAAAAUAUAUCUGGUAGAGUUCCUGUAGGAUUUUACAUGAAUCAAAUCACAUUAGAGAUGAACCUAAACGAUUCAAACCUGCAUUUGUACUCUGUACUCAAGUGGACUUCCUGUAUAUGGCUAUAGGCUGUACUGUUUUUUGUUUCUUGUAACAAUUCAGUUGCUUUUUAACUUAAGAUGAUUCUGUUUCUGGGAACAAAGAGAUAAAAUGCGUCCAAACGAGUUUCCCAUGUGACAAUGACAACAGCAUUUACAUUGAAAUGAUAAGUAUCGCUGGCCACAAAAGGCUGUGUAAAAUUACAAAGCUCUGCAAGCGUCUGAGAAUUGCAGAUGACAGAUGUAAGGUUAAGAUGAAACGGAUGACGUGCUGCAUUGUGCCCUAAAAAGACACAAGUCUGGACUUGCACGAGAGACCAUUCCAAUAACCCACAUCAAAACAUCGAGAUGAUACAGUGCGAGAACCUGAAAGCUGUUUGAGUCACGCAAAACUUGUAAAAGUGUAUUCCUGUAUUAUUUUGUGAAGAGUCUAAUGUAUUAUUUUAAGUAAUGAUAGGAGACUGAUUCCUUAACAUGGAUUGUUAAGUGUUGUGACACCAUGACUCAGCUUGUGAUGUAUUACAUUUGAUUUUCCGUCAAGGUUGGGCAGAAACAUUCUUCAAAUAUUGUGGGAAGUGCAUUGGCAUUUAAGAUGUUUUAAAAGAUGCUUUAUAGGCAAAAGAUUUCUACUGAAAAAUGCUAAACUAAUUCAAGGAUUAUCUUUAAUUUGUUGAAAAGCUAAUUGUUUUGUCAAAUAGGGAAAUGUUUUUUAGCCACAGUUCGGAUUACACAGUGUGCUUUUACCCGCAGGCAGCGUUGUUCAUGUUAAAUCUGGAUUGUACAUUCUCAGAAUGAAUUAUGUCACAUUUUCACAUGACGUACCAAAAGAAACAUUUUCCACAUACAUUUGUAUGGUUGAGACCUACAGUUAUAGACUGUUCUAAUUGAUUACAAAUGUUAAAUAUUAAAUUAAUUUGUGAUGUUACCAUUUUAAAUAAUUAUGUGCAUAUUUGUAUUUGAUAUUGCAAAAGAUUUCUUACAUAUUUGACAGGUUGUUUGUGAUUAUGAAACAAGUAGCCUAUAUUUUUCCUCAUUUCUUUUUAUGCUUUUUGUUUGUGUGUAUGAGUAUGUGUGUGAUAUGGGAAUUAGUUCAGAGAUAACAGUACUCCAAACAAGCUGCACUCAAGAUGUUUUGUGCACUUUUUAUUUAAAAUAAAGCGAGCCUGCAAAACUUUAAUCAA